AUGGUAGCAGCUGCCUGGCAAUGGGCAGCCAAGACCAAGAACUUGCGCAAGAACCCCAUACACGGGGAGGAGGAGGCGAGAUUGGUUUUGACGGACCGGUUCGAGGCAGAGGAUGUUACCUCGACAGAGACAGCCCUUCGAGGGACCGUCGACGUCGAGGAGUGCCACAUGAUUCCUUAUGAUCGAUAUAGCUUUCCAGUUCGGGACGAUUCCGGAUUCUUGUUCUCGAACGACGUACCGAACAUCGAUGCGGAAGAGCAUGCACUGGCGAACGGUGUUGCAACCGCUGCUGCAGCCUCCAGUGCCACAGCCCAGCAGAUGGAAUCCUUCUCCGCGAGUGCAUCCUUCAAGCAGCUUACUUUCCCAAGCUUGUCGCAGACGAGCUCGCCUGUCCAGCUGUUGCCCGAGUACUUAGAAGUGUUGGGCCGCAAAAUCGACAACACCGAGGAUGUGCUGGACCGUGGGGAUCGGUUGGCAACUGUGGGAGGAGCUCGUGCCACAGCGCUCCGCGAUCAGAUCGCAGAGGUGCUCAAGGGCAUGAAACUGAUGUUCAGCGAUCUGACCAAGAAGCAGUCUGAUGCCUUGACCCGCCCGCUGGAUAAGCCUUUCUCGGACUCCAUCCUUCGCAUGUUUGCUGAUGUGACGAAGCAGGACCUCAUCAUGAACAAUUACAUUGUGAGAUCGAAGUCGGUGAAAUCCACAGCAGGGUCCUCGAAGCCUGCCAAGAAGGGCAAGUCCAAGGAUAAGCAUGAUAAGAAGGAGAAGUCAAAGCCUUCCAAGAAGGGCGGCGGGAAGAAGUCCAGUAUGUUCCCACGAGCAGGGAAUCAUGGCAGUGCCGACAAUGAUGAUGAAGGCUGUCUGAGCGAGGAUGAUACUGAUGACGACCUGGCAGCCGAGCUUCUUGUGGGAUUUCAAUCAGGUGCAGAGACUGCAGAGCGGGUUGUUCGCAUAGCACAAGUGGCAGCACGCAAGCUGAAGAAACUCGGCUAUACUCUUCCGGUACAUAUUGACUUCGUGGAGACCCCUGUGCGUGUUGUCCACAAGGGCAAACCAAGCAAGACCAACAUGAGCUUCCCGGUGAUCAAGCCAUCUUCGUGGCUGAGUUACUCACUCAGUGUGGGUGGGGAAGCCUUCCUAGGAGGAUGCUGCCUGGAUGCUGAAAGUGCUUACUCGACAAUGCUGGAAAGUUUCUGGAGCAACUACCAAUCUAGCCAUCCGGAUUGUCCUUGCUUUACCCGAGACGAUUGGUGUCCAAGCAGAACUGUGCCAAUUUGCAUUCACGGUGACGAGGGCCGUGGAAAGGCCAAGCAUCCGAUAAUGGUGUUAUCGAUACAACCGGUAGUCGGAUGGAAGGGUCUUCAGCAUGUGAACAGCAGUGGGUUGCAAGAAUACCCUGCUGGAUGUGGGAAGGGGCACGACUGUGGCCUAAUGAACGCCUGGCUUGAGGAUCUAAUUGGCCGAAUCGAUGAGACUACCCUGGUGCCUUGA